UUUUUCAGUCCUUCCCUUUUUAGAUUCUAACGAUAGGAAUGAUCUUCAACAAUUGAGAGAUAUUUGUAAGAUGUGUUUGGAGAAGCAGAAGGGUAUAAUGCAUAAAUUUAAUAUACAACAUAUCCAAACUCUCGAAAUACUUUAUAUCGCAACAUUCAACCUAGGAUAUUUGGAAGACGCAGAGAUUUAUGGCAAAGAACUUUUAUCAGGAUAUUUAUUGUAUUAUGGAGAAGUAGACUCUCACACAGGAAUGCUAUAUUUGACGAUGGGAAUUAUACAGUUGCUUUUAGGAAAAUUAAAAGAAGGACUUGAAGUAUUGAACAAAGCAAGCGCGAUAUUAAUGAUAAUAUGCGGUGAUGAGAAUUUUUUUUUGAAAGACGUAUUGAAACCACUACUUUCUAUAGCUACUAUGCAGGCAAGAUAUUAAUCAUAAAAGUAUUAUUUAGCACUAAGAUCCAUUGCAGAUAUUGUUUAUGGGACGUUAUAACAAAAAAAAUACAAUAAAAAAAUAUCAAAUGUGCAACUUGCUAGAAACAUUUUAAAUAAAAAAUCUGCAAAA